AUGCAUCGCUCAAACCCCUCCUUGCUUGCCGUUCAAGUGAGAAAGCGAUUUGGCAAAUGCUUUCGUAGCAGUAAUGCAUGCCUGGUUUUGCUGCCGUGCCCACACCUUCUGCUUGAAUGGUUCUGUGAUUUAUUGUCUUCCUUGCGUUUGUUGCUGCUGCUGGGGGGGGGGGAGGACGUCGAGACUAAUCCUGGGCCUUGUGACACUGUGCGUGAAGAACAGCUCAAAGUAAUUGCAAAGGAUAUCCAGGAGAUAAAGAACGAAAAAAUGGUGACCAAUCAAAAGCUUGCAGCUAUAGAUAAAAAAAGCCUGGCUAUGGAGGUAACAAAGCUGCGUAGCGGGUGUGAUGACGCGGAAAACAGGCAACGGCGGGACAAUCUGCUCUUUUUUGGUAUAAAUGACGAAGACAAAGAAGAUUGGGCAACAUCCGAGGAAAAAAUAAUAACUUUCUGUUCUCAAAAACUUGGCAUCCCACUAACAAACGACCACUUUGAACGGGUACAUAGACUGGGAAAGUACAAGACUGAUAAGCAGCGGCCAAUCAUAGCUAAAAUGAGUUCCUUUAAAAACAAACAAAAAGUUCUUUCUGCCGCGCAUAAACUAAAGGGUACCGACUUCUCAAUUGGUGAGGACUUCUCGCCAUCUACACGUUAUUGUAGGAAAAAAUUAAUUGAAUUCGCCAAACGCCUAAAGAAGCCAAUAACGUUGUCAGUGGACAAACUGCGCAUUGAUGACAAGACCUACAUGUAUGAUCACGCAACGGAUUCCGUUAUACUUCACAAAACAUAG